UUGAUACUUUUGCUGUCAUUAAUAAAACUCGUCAAGAAAUUAAGCGCCUUAUGCAAUAUAUGGAUAAAAAAGUAGCAAAAAGCGAAAUGUAUCAACAAGCGCGAGGCAGUGGACAGGUGAGUGAAAGGGAAGCUGCAUUGCUGGGCGAUGUACAGGAGCUGCUUGCCUCACUGAGCUCCAGGCGUGUCAAGCUGCGCGAGUGGAUACAAAAGGCCUGGGCGUACUACAACCAAAAUCAGUUUGAGGGGUUUGUGCUGCUGCUGGAGAAUGCCAUUACGCGUGGCAAUAGGGCAUAUCCUGGGUACAAGGACGAUCUGUUAAGGAUUCACACGAUGCUGGCAGCACAUUUCUUUCGCCUGGCCUGCAGCGAGCAUGGACAUCGCAGUGCCGUGUGGCAGGAGAAGGUGGCGCAAGAGUUGCAGCACAUGGACAACUUGCAGGUGGUGUCCAAUGAGAUUCAGCACUUGCUGUGCCGCGGCUUUGCACUGAUGCUGAUUGAGACGCGUCUUCUGGAUGCGGACAAUCAUUUCGUUUCCGUGUUGCGACAGAUGCCGCAGAGUGUGCCCGCGCUGCUGGGCCGCGCCUGUCUGGCAUACAAUCGCCAGGAGUACCGCGUGGCACUGGGCUACUUCAAGAGCCUGCUGGUCCAUCAUCCGCACGGACCGGUCGAUGUGCGCGUGGGCAUUGCCCACUGCUUCCUCCAGCUGGGCGACUUGGACAGCGCUCGACGCGCCUUUGAGAUGGCCGUGCAAAGGAAUGGACGCUGCAUAAACGCUUUGCUAGGCAUUGCCCAGCUGAAGCUCAACGAGCGCCAGCGUGCAGCCAACAUGGAGGCCACGAACUUGCUGUGUGCCGCCUUCGAGCUGAACAAUCGACAUCCCGUGGUACUCAGCUGGCUGGCUUGCUACCUUUACUACUCUCGCAACUAUGGCAAGCUGCAAACGGCGGCAGGGAAUGCAUAUCUGAUCACAGAUAAUCCGGAGCUAAAGGCUCAGAACUGUUUUCUGAUUGCGCGCAGCUUUCAUGCGACGAAGAACUACGAUCGCGCCUUCGAUUUCUAUGGCAAGGCCCUGAAGUGUCCGACGGAAUAUGCGCCGCCACACUUGGGCAUCGCCCAGAUGUAUGUGCGUCGCGGGCAGCUGGACAUGGCAGAGCACUCGCUGCGAUCGCUUCUCAAGCUGUUGCCGGAGAACCCGCACGGCCUGCGCAUGCUGGCCACGCUCUAUGCCCAGGCUGACUCGCCCGGCAAGCUGGACAAGGCCAUUCAGCUGUUCAAGAGUGUGCUGGAGCGCAGUGGCCGGGAUGACUACGACACCUGGCUGGGUCUGGGCGGCACUUACGAGCGCAAGCAGCUUUGGCAGGAAGCUAUCAAUGCCUACGAGCAGGCCAUAAGCAUUUACCUGCGUGUGCACAACACAGCCAACGAUAUACCAAUCCCCUGGCUCAAUAACAUAGCUGCGCUGCAGCUGCAUGCCGGGCAGCCAUUGGCGGCGCUCGGAACGCUAGACAAGGCACUUGCCACGCACCCCAAAGACUCCGCUAAGGAGCAUAGCGAGAGCAAUCUGCUGACUGUAAGAUUCAACAGGGCGCGCGUCUUGGAGGAGCUGCACUUGGCCGACCAGGCAGAGGACAGUUACAAGCAGCUAAUUGCCGAGUAUCCCAACUAUUAUGACAGCUAUCUGAGACUGGGCGUCAUGGCCAACAAGCGCAAUCAAAUAAUCACAGCCAUGGAGUACUUCAAGGCGGUGCUGCAUCUGGAAAACGACAACGUGGCCGCCAGAACGUACCUGGGCAACUUGUAUGCCAAGCAGGGCGCCCUAUCGCAGGCCAUGUGCAACUACAAUGUGAUCAUGCGGCGUCCUGGCAAUUUCGGUGACUCCUACAUGCUCGUCGCCGUUGGCAAUGUGUGCCUGAUCAAAGUGCAGCGGUCCAUGGCCAACGGCCAAUUGGAUAUGGCCAAACAAUACCAAGAGAACGCGCUGCAGCUGUUUAGAAAGGCCCUUGAGCAAAACCAGCGCAAUUUGUGGGCUGCCAAUGGCAUAGGCGUGGCCUUGAGCAAUCACGGACACUUGGCAGACGGAGAGACGAUCUUCAAGCAGAUUGUUGAGUCCAGCACACGCUGCUCUGAGGCUAUUUUGAACACGGCACACAUAGCCAUGGACCUGGAACACUAUUCGGAGGCCAUAGAGAUAUACCAGAAAUGCUUAAAGGACAUCCUGCCUGUAAACAGCGUGAAGGAAAUGCAAUUGCUGGCUCGUGCUCUCUACCACACGGGGCAGUUCAAGGAGGCCAAGCAGUUGCUGUUGCAAGCACGGCAUGUGGCACCGCAGGACUUGAAUGUACUCUAUAAUUUGGCCAUUGUCAUCAAGCAGGCCAUCCGGGACACAUUCGACUCCAUGCGAACUGAUCUAGCAGAGCUUCAACGAGCCGAGAAGGAACUUAAGAUAGCUCAGAGCUUCCUACAAUACUUGAGCCAAGGAGAAGAGCCAAUGCAAUCGGCUAACAAACAAGCCAACAAGUGCAGCAAACUCUUGGAAAAUGUGUUAGAAGAGCUCAAUAAUCUACGCGAACUGGAGGAUCAUAGCAAGACACAGGUGCGCCAUAAGGUUAAGAAAGAUAAGGAUAAGGAGAGCUCACGUAAAAAGGAACAGUCGAAAAAACGUGAAAAGACACGAGAUGAUGACCUGCAAGAGCCUCAAGUGAUGGAGAACGAGAGCUCCCGCAAAAAACAAAGGUCGAAAAAACGGCAGGAGUCGGCAAGAGAUGUUGCUGAGUACCAGGACACUGAGCUAGAGAAACCCAAGAGUGGGGAAAAAUACCGCAAAAAAGAACAUCUACAGGAGAUACAGGAAAAGCUCAGCGAUGGCGAUCAGAUAGAGCCGGAUAACCCAACUGAGCUGUUGCCUUCCCAUAAGAAAGAGCAUACCAAAAAGCGUGACUUCGACGAUCACCAGGUUGAUGACAGGGAGGAAAUCUGUAGAAAGUAUUCUCACAAGUCAAGGGAUAAGGAUGAACGUCAAAAGGACGGAAAGGAGGUGUCUCUAGAAAGGAAGCAAUCACGAAAGCACUCGAAGAAGCAAAAUGAUGAGAGCAAACUCGGAGAGAAAGUCCCAAGCUCUCCUCAAGUUGAGACUAAGCAGCUUCAGCUCGAUACGGAUAAAGCCAAAUCAAUAGCUGAAUUACACGAAGAGCCCAAGCCAGAAGACUUAGAAGUCUCAAACAAGGAACACAAGCGUAAAUCACGCAAACGAAAGCACGAAAAUAGAGACUUGGCCAUCGAGGAGGAGCCCAAGCGGGAAAAGAAACGCAAAAAAGAAGCCAAGGAAAAGGCAGAAACCACUUAAAUGAAGGCGAAAAUGCGUGGAACGAGUUAUUCAAAUUAAGAGUCCCUCAACACAGAUGAGGAGAGAUUGAUUGAUUGAAAUAAAAUACACCACAGAUAGAUUCGAUUGGUCACUGAGUGAGUAAUAACUCGCUGUCAUUAUUUAGGGAAUGGCAAUAAAUGUACUGCGAA